AACAGUUAUUUACAAACAAUUAAUCUUCAACAUGAGGCUACCGAUGUUCUUAUUCUUUUCACUAGCCCUUUUUGGGUUGUCCUUGUGCGAUACUGACGAUAAGGAGAAAUUUAAGGAGGAACUGAAAGAAGCACUGAAAAAACUGGUCGAGAAAAUAGAUGAAAAUGAAAUGAAUGUUACUGUCGUUUCGUCAGAUGUAAGGCAUUGGGCAGAUGGUGAAGUAAAACAAGUUAAAGAGUAUUCUAUUCGAAUGCCAACAAAUAAUGUUCAACCGACCGAAUCAAAAAUAACAACGGAGACUAUCCAAGACUGGAUCAACACCUUCAAGGGAACCCAAUUUAUUGGCCGUUCUAGAACUACCCAUAUCAAAGAUGGAAAAACCGAGGAAAUAGACAGAGUAUCCACGACUGACGAAAAAUGGUACGAAACUAGGCUAUAUAGGACAGUGACGUCGGUUAAAGAUGGGGAGAGGGGUUUCGCAGUGGAAAAUCCUUCAUACGAGAAUUAUUACAACAUAUACGUCCCAGGGGCAGAUGGCAGGAAAGAAAAAAUACAAGUUUUUGCUGGACAUGUGGAGACAGAAGUGUUGAAAAAAUCCGACUCUAUGCCGGACGAUGAGGUCAGGGAGGCGGAAAACAAGCUGAGGGAAUCCUUCUUCAAGUACGAUUGUAGGAAGGUCAUAGGAAGAGUCAUCAAGGAUCACAUGAACAGCAAAUUUGAGGGUAACGACUGGCAGGUUAUUGUAGAUCCUGGGGAUGAAUUUUACGUCCCUGCUAAGAAAUUUGGUUGGAUAAAAGCCGCAAAUACUGAAGUUCUUAUAUAUUCAAUGUAAUGAAAAGAUUAAAUUAACUUGUAUUGUUUUUCUCAACAAAUAAACACUUGUUAAUUAAAA